UAUAACCAACAAAUAUACACAGUACAAAAGUUUAUUAACAUGUAGUUUGGAGUAAAAAUCAAUUGUUUUUCGUCUGAAACGUACAUGUGUUGUAACGUCCUUUACAGGCAUCUGCGCUGUUUACGUUUUAUUUAUUUUUUUCAAUUAUUCUACAACAAGUCCUAAAAAACAUACUUUCCCCCUUUAAUUUCUACCAAACGCCCGCCGUCCUUUCAGGAUGAAAAGCCUGACUGAAGGUAAAGAGCCUUUCAGCAGAGCUUUGUUUGUGGAUUCAAAGUAAUUACAGACACCUCGACCAACGGAAGUGUUUUCUGUGAGCGGCUACAAUAACAACGUCGUACAUAAAACUCACAGCCUCGGGCUUUCACUCAUGGAAGAAGAAAGAGCCUCGCGUCGGCUACGUGCUGCCCGGUAUCUGCUGCUGCUGCUGGUUCGGACCAAACGGGGGGAAAUAAAAGCGCCAUUUGCAUAUUCGAACGCACCGAGCUAUUCUUCUUCAUGAGUCACCGACUCCAAAUGUUUUUGGACCGGUGCUGGAGGAAUUUACUACCCAAGAUGCCCCUGACUAUGACGACUAAUGGAACACACCUUUCCACCGAAGAAAAAAAUAUUCACAUGUUCGAGAGGCUUAGCUACACUUUCCAUUGAAACUGUGCCAAAGUUAAGUGUUCACACUUAAAUGAGUAAUUAAAAUGUCACAUCGUGCUAAUUCAACUCCAAUUCCAGAUCAUUUCAAGGUUCCCUGCUAAUUCUUGACCCCAUUAAAGAGUAGCUGGUUGGUUAAUGUUUUUUAGAAGACAAGGCUGACUUUGUGCAUUGUUUACUCCCAUAAUUCCUGGAAGCGACACUGCUUUUCCAUGGCUGUGCCAACGCCUCUAUAGGUUUACACACAGGUCUGUUACAUAGAGAAAUAACAUUCUUUUAGACUUUGUGAUUUGUUAUACGUUUUUACACAAAUUGCCAGGCUGAGAUCUUUCGGUUACAUGAAUGACUGUGUCAGUUCUGUUGAAUACAAUGAACAAAGGAACAAUGAACACAUGUAGCCGUGUUUAAGAGCUUAAUGUCAUGGGACUCACUGCUGGCUGUCUCUGGAUGUGGUGGACGUUUGCCUCAACUACCACGAGGUCCUUCUUGGACGUGAUUACAGUCACUUGUCACUCAGACAAUCAAUCAGUCAGCACGCUCAACACAAAUCCCAUUUAUCCCAUCACUUGUGUAAGAGUCAGUGUCAGAGUCUGAACCACUGCCCGGUAGCUGUGAAAAGUCCAGCCAAGAUGGCAGACACUCCCCAAAAUUUGAUCAUUUCCAGUUGUGAAACCAGACUCUGGUGAGCCUGAGAGAACCCACACACACACACACACACACACACACACACACGCGCGCGCAGACACAGUGAGUGAGAAAGUUAAUAAAACAAAGACAGAGGGAGUGUGUGGAGGAGAUGGAGGGAGGAGAAUUCGGACGCAGUGAAUGAAGGAGUGACACUCACCAAACUGCAGCAUGUGAGAGAUGUGGAGACUCAUUUAUGACAGCUACUGCUUCCCCAGAGAGACCGCAGCCAGUGGUGGAGCCGUGACCUGCGUGCAAAGAUAAUCAACAUGACGCAGUGGUGGUGGGCUCUGCUCACGGUUGGUUACCUGUCCAUAUACCUGGGAGCUGCGCAGCACCACAGGAAAGCUCUGUUUCCGUCUGCAUACAGAAUAAAACGAGGGACGUAUUCGCUCGUCAACCCCACCUUCCAGCAGUCGGCGGAAGACGUCAACCUGCUCUUUGAGAUCCUGCUGGCUGGAAUGCAGAUAGAGGACGAACGCCACACCAUGCUGAUCCCAGAUGAGGAGCUGGCGUCUCUCAGGAGCGUGCAGAAACUGGACGUCAUCUGCGAGGAUGUCCUGCCCAAGUCACUCUCCGACAUCCGCCGUCUGAUAGCCGGGCUGGCCCGGCAGGGGGGGCGGCCUCUGAGCCAGCAGGACUUUGAGAGGACAGUGCUGACCCUGGUGCACGGCGCCCAGAUCCUGGGUCACAUGAGUGACCGGCAGCAGAGAGAGGUGUGGACGGAGGCUGUGAUGCAGCUGUUCAGAGCCAUUCAGAAAGACCUGAGACCUUCAUGAGGGUGGAGUCAAGUCAUCCUGAGGUGUACAAAUAUGACUGAAUACAUGAAUAUGACUGUUACUGUUUUGUUCUUUAAUACAUUUGCACAAAAUGUCAUGUAUUUGAACAGAUUACAUUAGAUUAUGUUAUGUAUUGCUGUAACAUGUGCAAAAAUAAAGAUUUAAACUUUAAUAUCUCUGACCAAGAUUUGGUUAAACUGCACCAUGUACUUUACAUUACCAACACAACAGUGUGAUGAAGUAUUGAAAUCACCUGGUCUACGUUUUGAUCACAUUUGCUCAGGAGUUAAAAAAAGGGAAAAAAAGCUUGAUUAGGUUAAAAGUUCGCUCUAAAUUGAGGUGUGGGUGUAAGUGUGAAUGGUUGUUGUGUUUGUAAUCUGUAAUGUGAUUGCCCUUCAAUGUUGACUGUUGACAUAAAGCUCUUUACCGACGCUGCGUGUUCAAACGGAAGCAAAGCUAAACUCUUGUGUGACUACACUGUAAGGAAGUCACGUCAUCUUUUAUUUUGAAAAACAAGACAAAGGAAGUUGCUCCGCUGAUGCGCUAAUUAACUUGUGUAACUUCACCCGUCACGGACUUUUAUGCAAAGUGAUGCUUCAAAGUUCACCCAGUUAAAUUUGUAACGGAGGCAGCAGGGCGGCUAACACAGACCAACGUUUCCAGCUCUCGACCAGCCUUCAUGGAGCUCCAGGUGAAAAUGCAGGAAAACAACUUGACUCUUGGCCCAAAGGUGAAAUCCAACCAAUUCGUCAUGCUUGUCUGGAUCAGGGGUUUUCUGGUUCCUGGCACAUCUGUACACAAUACAGGGAUAACAGCGUGUAAUCCACAUAAUGAUGUUGGCACCGUUUCACAGCAGGUUGUUCCAAACACGUUCUCAUUUGUCUGAGCUGUAUGUGGAUCCCAAAACACCAAGGCCACACUCCAUCUCUCCUUCACUCGACGUCUGUCCACAUUAUGACCUCAGCUCGUGUGUUCCGUCCUCACUCUUCAUGCCCAGUAAUGUACGACUUCCGACAGAUGCUUUGACAUUGUGGAAGGUGAGGGAAGAUUUCUCUCAAGCUGUUCUGACACCGAGCGCGAUUUUGGCAGCGUUCCACGUCUCAGUUCGCAUCACAGCCUUAACAAACCUUCUCCAUCAGCCUCCUUAAAUGGGAAUCACCCGGAGUGAAGCUAACUAUCGCUUCACUCCUAUUCCACUUCAGCAUUCAUCAGGUUUUUGCCCUGCGCUGCCUGGCAGCUAAUUAGCAGCGCCAUUACUCAGGACUGCGUCUUUUGUUUUCCUUUUCCUUCGCACAAACGGCACAGAUGGAAUGAACAUCCCGGCAGUAGCAGUUGCCCUGAUGGAAAAAUAUAAUCUGUGUUUUACUUCUGCAAGAAGAAGCACACACAUGAACAGUGGACUCACCGGACCACACGCCUGGAAAAUGACACUGAAUGACAUCUGAAAAUGACAUUUCAAUAAUCACCGUCCAGACACGGACCACCCGUGAAUCCACCGUGUUCUGUCGAAGCGCUUCGAGUGGCGUUGCUCACCUCGCUUGUGUAUUAAACUUUAUUGCAGUAUGAAAUAAACACUUGGAAAAGACGGAAGGUCCAUUAUGCUCAAUUUGAACAGAGCUGUCAGUGAGUGCACCGCUGAGUGAAGUAGAAAUGCCUGAAGAGGAGCAGUUCGAGAGGAAAAUACGGAGUUGCCACUUCAAAACGCUUGAGGCAUUAAAUUGGGCCUCAAGAGCCACAGAUGAUAUUUUGAGGACUGGCCAAGACUUUGGUUUGAAGUUGAUGAUCUGCUCUUUUUAAGACAAGUAGAAAAGUUGAAGUUAAAAAAAGAUUUGCAUCAUCAGGAAAAAGAGGGAAAAAAAGCAGCAUGGCUAGUUUCCAUUUUAAGCUAGUAGCACGUGAGUACAUGUUCUGCUGUAAUACAUAGAUGACAAUUUGAAUACAAAAUACUCCUAUCUGCAGUUACAUUCCAUGGCCUACUAAAUAUACACAAAGAGUGACUAACUAGACCGGAAAAUAAAACUACUUUUUACUAAAUGGUUAAAUGUUAGCUGUUAGCAAGGUAGCCCACAUUGGGAUUAAAGAGAUCACUUUACUGAUAUGUUAAGUCUGCAUUAGCUAAUUUUGACUUUCCUUUUGUCUAAACUCAGGCCAGUUACAGGAUGUUUUUUUUUUUCCUUAAGGCUAGUUUGUACGCAUUUGACUACGGUAUAUAUAUGGACCAACUUUGGGAUAGUUCAGAUUAGAUUGAAUUACAGAAAAUUGAUUUUUUGUUUUUUUGUUUUGGCUGAUGUCGUCAGUCACAGUCCACUUUUAUUGGCAUAACAACCCUAAGAGUGCUCCUGGAUGUUGAACCUCAUAGGAAAUAAAGUGGAUUUCCUGUAUUUGGCCGAUUAUGUUCCUCAAAGCCAGGCACCACAGGAGAGAGAGCAGCAGAAAGUCAAAGAGAACCUAUGGAGCUGCGACCCCCAGUAAAACAUUACACCAGUGGUGACACCAGUCUAUUAGUGGGCUGCAGUUAACCCUUGUGACAGUAGGGCGUUGUGCAAAGUACAUACACGUGCCCGUGUGUGAUACGGCCAUCGUCACAGGAGGUGGCUCCUACCCCGACCUUGACGUGUGCGAUUAACAUGAGUGUGACAAAUGUGAAACAUCUGCAGCGCUAACAAGCGGCAGGUUGUUCAAAGGCUUGGGCUACACGUUAGCUCAGAUCUAAGUGAAGCGUGAAGAGCUGGUGGAAGGACGUCACACCGAGUAUCCUUUAAUUCGUCAGCCACCUCCUACUGUAGAACCCCCCCAUGAUCACGUCUCUUGCCUGACAUUACACCUGUCUGCUUUUUGUUAGCAUUGCUUUUGCACCGCGCUCAUUAAGUUAAUUUACAGCCAAGGAUCACGAGAGUAAAAGGAUUGGCCUCAGCUCUAUUAAGCCCUCGCCCACGUCUUUCCAUUUUACUUCUUCGCCUUCUUCCCUCCUCAGUGAUAAGCAUGUGCAGUCUGUCCCAGUGACGCGCUGCAUUGCGCUGGUGUAUCCUCCUGACACUUUAAUUGGAGAGGCGUAAAUCAGCCUCCAUUGUCACGAGACAGGGGUAAUUAUUUCCCCCUGUCUUUACCACCAGAGAUUCCCUCUUUCUUUCCCGAUUUCACACUUGCUCACUGCUUUGGACGUAUUCCUGGAUCGAGUUUGUCAAUGUUUUGGCUAACGUUUGUUUACUAUGGUUUCUCUUAGUAACGAUUUGCGUGUGUAUUGGCCUUUAAUCCUAGAUUUUGGCUAUUUUAAGGUGAAUUUCUAGUGAUUUGCAGUGUUUUGUCUGUCUAACUGACACUUAAUUUUUAAAUAUUCAGCUACUUUUUAUAUACGUUUGCAUGAAAAUGGGAAACAUACACAUAUAAGCACAUUAUAUACUAAAUUUUGACCAAAUUCCAUGAACUUUAAUAACUUUUUUUAUUGUUCAUAUUUAUGUUUUUGUCACAAAUGUUUUUCUUUUUCUUGGUCCAACUCUAAUAAUAUU